GCAGGAGAGGUACUAAAAUAAAGAGAGAUCUACUAUAUGGCCACACCAGAAUAUGGUGAAAAAGGAAAGUGGGUGAGGGGCCUUACAGUCUUGCUUUAACAAGUUACAUUUAACACAGUCCGUAAGCACGGAGUGCAGUGUGCAGUGUAGAGAGUGCACUCAGGAAGCAUUGAUUUCCGUUUUAUACCCAAAUCCUGAUCGUUGCAUUGCAUUCUAAGUAGACUGCACUCUAUAGCUUCCUUCUCGGAGUGUUUCUCUCUACAAAGGGUAGCUGCUAUCAUGUUCUCGCUUUUCUUGAACUCCGCUUCGAAAUGCGGAACGCUUCUAACAACUAUCCUAUACUUCAUCAUCUGUUCCCUAUUCGCAUCUUCCACCACCGCAUGCUCUAACGGAAAUUGCCAGGUUCUGGAAGCUUGCUCAGCCGCUACCGACUGUGGGUCCGGUCUCUACUGCGGCAAUUGCCCCGCUUUGGGCCUGACUCGGCCCAUCUGCACCAGAGGCCAAGCCACCGUUCCCACAUCCAUUGUGAAUGGCUUGCCCUUUAACAAGUACACUUGGAUAGUAACCCACAAUUCCUUCAGCAUCGUGGAUUCACCGCCUUUGCCUGGUGUUCAGAGAUUAACAUUUUACAAUCAAGAAGACACUGUGACUAAUCAAUUGAGGAAUGGAGUGAGGGGACUGAUGCUGGAUAUGUACGACUUCCAGAAUGAUAUCUGGCUCUGUCAUUCGUUCCGAGGGCAAUGCUACAACUUCACUGCAUUUCAACCUGCUGUAAAUACUUUGAAAGAGGUGGAAGCAUUCUUGACGGAAAAUCCAACUGAGAUUGUCACCAUCAUAAUUGAAGACUACGUGCAUACUCCAAAGGGGUUGACUAAUCUAUUUGCAAGUGCUGGACUGGAUAAGUACUGGUUCCCUCUGUCAAAGAUGCCAAGAAAGGGUGAUGAUUGGCCUAAUAUAACGGAGAUGAUACAAGCGAAUCACCGGCUUAUUGUUUUCACUUCUGAUGCAUCAAAGGAAGCUGAAGAAGGAAUAGCCUAUCAGUGGAAGCACAUGGUUGAAAAUGAGUCUGGAGAUCCUGGCAUUCGAAAGGGUUCUUGUCCACAUAGAAAAGAAUCAAAGGCACUAAAUUCUAGAAGUUCAUCACUUUUCUUGAUGAAUUACUUUCCGACGUAUCCAGUUCAAGCUGAGUCGUGCAAAGAGCAUUCAGCUCCACUAGCAGAGAUGGUUAAUACAUGUUACAAAGCUGCAGGGAAUGUGCUACCCAACUUCAUAGCUAUUAACUUUUACAUGAGAAGUGAUGGAGGUGGUGUCUUUGAUAUUACGGAUAGAAUGAAUGGCCAAACAUUGUGUGGGUGCAAUACAAUCACUGCAUGCCAGGCUGGAGCACCCUUUGGUUCUUGCAACAAUAUUUCUGCACCAAGUACAAAUCCAGGGAGCAAUACCUCUGGAAGCUUUUCUGGAUCUGUUCAGUUCUCUGAAUCAGCUUCAGCAGUCUAUUCACCUAAUUGAUAUUGGAGGUGUAGAGAUGGAAGACUGAACAACAACCAAUUUGGGGUCGCGCUCUUAUCUGGUAUCACUAUUUGGCCAAUAUUGAUACGAAUACUAUAGGGAGUUGUUUCUCUAUCAUAACGUGGAGUUAAUACUCAAAAUGCCCCAUGAAAUUUGACCCCGAUUUAAUUUAUCUCUCCAAUUUCCAAUUUUCAAUUGACCCAAAUUGUGCUCUGAAAUUUUAAGAUGUGAUUCAAGUUGACUCCGCCGUUCAUUUCCGUCAUCGGAAAAGUGACGUAGCACCACGUUUAGUUGAAACCUGGUACCUAAAAUGUAAUAAAACGACGUUGUUCAUUAAGCAAACUCUGAAUUGGCCCUUCUUCUUCCUCCUCCUUAAUUUGGCGC